GGUCAUAACAUCUGCCACACAAAGGAACCAAGCAUGGCCGUGGAAGUUGUUGUAACUCUGACCCAAGAGUCUUUUUUUGGGCAUCAAGUUUUGUCUUUGAAACACUUUCAGCUUAUUACUUCGAUCCUUGGCAUUUGUAUUCGUGUUUUGUGGUCAUUUGGAUUGCAGUGAUGUCAAUACCCAGCCCCACAUACUUGACAGCCAAAUCAUUUCAACUGGACUGACUCCGCCUCGCUCAUGCGGGACUUGCCUGCGUGCGCUCCCCUAAAGAGUCUUCUCUUUUCACCCACCCCCCUCCCCCGGUAACUUCACCCCAUCAGCAGAGAGGAGCAGCCUUGACGCACAGAACCGGGCGAGCACAUCGGCAGUGGGAGAAGCAGCAGCAUCCGGAGCCACCUGGCCGUUCACUGCUGCCCGUGGCGACCUCAGCGCAACAUGUUUCCAGCGUGGAGACAUCGGGGAACCCGCGGCGGGGCUUCAGCGGUACCAAAGCGGACCAUGUGUGGAACUGGACAGGCGUGGGUCUCCUGUUGGAUUCUGAUGCUGUCGACUUCUAUUCCCGGCGCUCAGGCUCAAGUAGAUGAUGUUCCACCUUAUUUCAAGAUGGAGCCUCCUCAGACUCAGGUUCACCUGGAGGGAAACCGCCUGGUCCUUACCUGCAUGGCCGAGGGCAGCUGGCCCCUGGAAUUCAGGUGGAUCUACAACGGGACCGAGCUAACCCGCUUCUCCCUGGAAUACAGGUACCUGAUCCCCUCGCUAGACCGUUCACAUGCUGGCCACUACCGCUGCAUCGUGAGAAACCGAGUGGGUGCCAUAAUGCAGUGCAGCACCCAAGUGCAGGUUGCAUAUAUGGGUGGUUUUGUAGAAGGUGAAAGGUCUCAAACUGUCUCUCAGGGCGAGGGUGCUCUCCUCCAGGCACCACGGAUACACAGCUUCCCAAAGCCUCAGAUAACUUGGUUCAGAGACGGGCGCAAGAUUCAAUCAAGCAGCCGAAUCGCCAUCACUUUGGACAACACUCUGGUCAUCCUGUCCACGGUAGCCCCAGAUGCAGGACGUUACUACGCCCAAGCAGUCAAUGACAAGAACGGGGAGAACAAAACCAGUCAGCCAGUCACACUCACAGUGGAGAAUGUGGGAGGACCUGCAGACCCGAUUGCUCCCUCCAUCAUCAUCCCCCCUAAAAACACCACCGUAACAGUGGGGAGAAACGACGCCGUCAUGGAGUGUGUUGCUAAUGCGAGACCCCUCGUUAAAAUGAAUAUUACUUGGAGGAAGAAUGGAGUGGUGGUCAGCACUGGGAUCCGAGAUUUCAGCCGUAGAUUGGUCAUUGGCUUGCCUGCAGUCAGCGACAGUGGCUACUACGAGUGUGAGGCAUCCCUUCGCAGUAGCAGCGUCCCUUCAGUCUCCGCCGGGGCCUACCUGCAUGUUCUUGAAUAUCCGUUAUUCAUAAAAGAGCCGCCCAGCCACAUCACUGCUGAAAUGGAGAAAGUGGUGGAUAUUCCUUGUCAAGCACGAGGAACACCACAGCCAGACAUUGUGUGGUAUAAGGAUGCAGUGCCAAUCAGCCCGGUGAAGAUCCCCAGGUACAAGGUGCUGGUAGGAGGCAGCCUGCAGAUCAAUGGCCUCUUGCCAGACGACACUGGGAUGUUUCAGUGCUUUGCUCGCAACCUUGCAGGAGAGAUCCAAACAAACACCUACCUAGCUGUUACAAGUAUUGCCCCCAACAUCACCGCCGGCCCCUCUGACAGCGCAGUGAUUGAUGGCAUGUCAGUCAUCUUGCAUUGUGAGACCUCAGGAGCUCCGCGCCCAGCCAUCACCUGGCAGAAAGGUGAACGUGUAUUGGCCAGCGGCUCGGUCCAGCAGCCCAGGUUCACCCUGCUGGAGUCCGGCAGCCUGCUCAUCAGCCCCUCCCACCUGUCGGAUGCUGGUACUUACACCUGCAUGGCCAGUAACUCCAGGGGCAUCGACGAAGCUUCAGCUGACCUGGUGGUUUGGGCACGUACACGCAUCACAAAACCACCUCAAGACCAGAGCGUCAUCAAAGGAACCAAAGCUGUCAUGACCUGUGGUGUGACCCAUGAUCCCAGUGUAACUGUGAGGUUUGUGUGGGAGAAGGGCGGCUCAGUGAUUGACGUGAACACAUCGCCCCGCCUGCGUUUGGAUCCUGACGGGACUCUGCACAUCUCCCAGACGUGGUCGGGGGACAUUGGAACGUAUACCUGCAGGGUAACAUCCGUGGGUGGAAAUGACUCCCGCAGCGCCCACCUCCGAGUCAGGCAACUGCCUCAUGCUCCAGAGAACCCAGUGGCAGUUCUGAGUACCUCAGAAAAGAGGGCCAUCAACCUCACAUGGGCCCAGGCCUUUGAUGGAAACAGCCCCCUGAUCCGUUACAUCCUGGAGGUCUCGGAGAACAAUGCUCCUUGGACGGUGCUGCUGGCUAACAUUGAGCCAGAGUCUACUGGGGUUGUUGUUGGUGCUCUCAUCCCCGCUCGUUCGUACCAGUUCCGCCUGUGUGCUGUCAACGACGUGGGCAGAGGCCAGUUCAGCAAGGAGACUGAUCGACUGACCCUCCCUGAGGAGCCGCCUAGUGCACCCCCUCAGACUGUCAUUGCAAGUGGCCGCACCAAUCAGUCCAUCAUGAUCCAGUGGCAGCCGCCACCAGAGAGCUAUCAGAACGGCCCUCUCCAGGGCUACAUCAUCAGGUACUGCCUGUCGGGGCUUCCAGUUGAUUGUCAGAUAAAAAACAUUACUAGCCCAGACCAGACCAGCCUGAUCUUGGAGGAUCUCAUCAUCUGGACAAACUAUGAGAUUGAAGUAGCUUCCUACAAUGGAGCAGGCAGGGGCACCUACAGCCACAAAGUCACAGAGUGGACUCUACAAGGAGUGCCCACUGUGCCUCCGGGAAAUGUGCAAGCUGAAGCUGUCAACUCCACCGCUGUGCGUUUUACCUGGACUGCCCCAAGUCCUCAGUUUAUCAAUGGAAUCAACCAGGGAUAUAAGCUUUUGGCCUGGGAACCAAGUCGUCCAAAUGAGGUCACCGUGGUUACGGUCCGCCCAAACUUUCAGGACAGUGUUCAUGUUGGUUACAUCUCUGGCCUUAAAAAGUUCACUGAUUACUACAGUUCAGUGCUCUGCUUCACUACACCUGGAGACGGGCCCCGUAGUCCACCUCAACGGAUACGCACCCAUGAGGAUACUCCUGGGGCUGUGGGUCACCUUAGUUUCACUGACAUCCUGGAUACUUCUCUAAAAGUCAGUUGGGAGGAGCCACUGGAGAAAAACGGUUUUCUCACAGGAUACCGAAUUUCCUGGGAGGAGUUCAACAGAACAAACACCAGAGUCACCCAUUAUUUACCCAACCUGACUCAGGAGUACAGGGUUACUGGACUCACUGCCCUGACUACUUACACCAUUCAGGUGGCGGCCAUGACUUCCAAAGGUCAAGGCCAGCUAUCCGCAUCCACCAUAUCUUCAGGUGUACCACCAGAGUUGCCUGGUCCCCCCACCAAUCUAGCUAUUUCUGACAUCAGCUCACGUUCUGUCAACCUACAGUUCAAACCGGGUUAUGAUGGGAAAACAUCAAUUUCUCGCUGGCUGGUUGAAGCUCAGAUUGGUAUAAUUGGAGAAAAUGAAGAGUGGCUGAUGGUUCAGGAGUUGGCUAAUGAACCUGAUGCCAGGUCACUGGAGGUGUUUGACCUGAACCCUUAUACUUUCUACAGGUUUAGGAUGCGCCAGGUAAACAUUGUGGGUACCAGUCCUCCCAGUCAGCCCUCCAGGAAGAUCCAGACCCUCCAAGCCCCUCCGGACAUCUCCCCUGCGAAUGUUACCCUGCGCACAGCCAGUGAGACUAGCCUGUGGCUUCGCUGGGUGCCUCUUCCAGAGUGGGAGUACAAUGGCAAUCCAGAUCUCGUAGGCUACCGCAUCCAGUACUCGAAAGCAGGCUCUAAAGGCAGCGUUCUAUCCCACGUCAUCAUGGACCGGCUGGAGAGAGAGUUUACUGUAGAAGACUUGGAAGAGUGGACGGAGUAUGAGGUCAGAGUUCAGGCCAUCAAUGGAAUUGGGUCUGGACCUUGGAGCCUGGCAGUCCACGGCAGGACCAGGGAGUCUGUUCCUUCCAGUGGUCCCACCAAUGUGUCAGCCUUUGCCACCACCUCCAGCAGCAUCCUUGUGCGGUGGGGUGAGGUCCAAGAAGCAGACAGAAAUGGACUCAUCCUUGGCUAUAAGGUUGUGUAUAAGGAGAAGGACUCUGACACGACACCUAACUUCUGGGCCGUAGAGGGCAACAACACCCACAGUGUCCAGCUAAGUGGUCUGGGGAAGUAUGUCCUCUAUGAGAUCCAGGUCUUGGCCUUCACUCGGAUAGGAGACGGAAGAAGCAGCUCUCCUCACAUUCUAGAAAGAACCUUGGACGAUGUACCAGGUCCUCCUGUCGGCAUCCUGUUCCCAGAAGUCAGAACCACAUCAGUCAGGCUCAUCUGGCAACCUCCUGCACAGCCCAAUGGCAUCAUACUGGCUUAUCAGAUCACGUACAGAAGGAACUCUUCAAGCAGCAACGCUGCCACGGUAGACGUGUUGAGCCCUAGCGCGCGACAGUACACAGCAACUGGACUGAAACCAGAAACGGUUUAUGUGUUCCGUCUCACGGCUCAAACGCGAAAAGGUUGGGGUGAGGCUGCUGAGGCUCUGGUGGUCACAACAGAAAAGAGAGCUCGACCCCAACCCACGAGUCGUCCCACGGUGCCUCAAGAAGAAGUCCAGGCUCGCAGAGUGCUGUUGUCAUGGGAACCAGGGAGCGACGGCCUGUCGCCAGUUCGCUACUACACGGUUCAGUACAAAGAGCUGCCCGACAGCAACUGGACUGUCCACUCAGCAUCUGUCAGCCAUGAAACAAGCUCCCACAUAGUGGACAGGCUGAAGCCGUUCACUUCUUACCAGUUCCGUGUUAAAGCCACCAAUGACAUUGGUGACAGCAGAUACAGUGAGGAGAGUGAGGCUAUCACUACGCUGCAGGAUGCUCCAGACAAAGCUCCAACAAUACUGUCAGUUACCCCUCACACCACCACAUCUGUGCUGGUCCGCUGGCAGCCUCCCUCGGAGGAUCACAUAAACGGAGUUUUGUUGGGGUUCAGGGUCAGGUACCGGGAGCUACACUACGACAGACUGCGCAGCUUCUCUGUCCGAACUGUCAACAGUCCCUCUGCAAACUGGGCAGAUUUGACUGCUCCUUACAGCAUCAGAAACUUGAGUGAAUCUUCUCUAACCCAGUAUGAGUUAGACAACUUGAGUAAACACAAGCGCUACGAGAUCCGUCUUAGUGUAUAUAACGCUGUGGGGGAGGGCCCAAGCAGCACCCCACAGGAGGUGUUUGUCGGAGAGGCAGUCCCAACAGCCGCUCCUCAAAGCGUGGUGGUGCAGUCUUCAACGGCCACUCAGCUGGACGUUACGUGGGACCCUCCUCCUCCAGACGCUCAGAAUGGAGACAUACAGGGUUACAAGAUCUACUUCUGGGAGUUUCAGCUCCAAAAUGAAACGGAGCGUGUGCGAACUCUGUUCCUGCCAGAGCUGGGGGUGAAGCUUAAAAACCUGACAGGCUACACCACCUAUAUGAUCAGCGUGGCAGCUUUCAAUGCUGCAGGGGACGGGCCCCGCUCCCUUCCCACCAGAGGGCGCACUCAGCAAGCAGCACCAAGUGCUCCGAGCUGCAUCCACUUUAGUGAGCUGACCACCACUUCAGUCAACGUGUCCUGGGGAGAGCCCAAACAGGCAAACGGAAUCAUCGAAGGCUACCGCCUGGUUUACGAGCCCUGCACUCCAGUGGAUGACUCCUCUCCUCGCACUCCAGGUGUCAGUAAGAUAGUGACUGUAGAUGUGAAGGGCAGUGCUCCUUUGUGGAUGAAGAUCAAAGACCUGGCUGAUGGCGUCACUUAUAGCUUUCGCAUUCGGGCGAAAACACUCACUUAUGGUCCUGAGAUUGAGGCCAACAUCACCACAGGGCCUGGAGAAGGAGCCCCAGGCCCUCCUGGAGAGCCCUUUAUUUCACGACACGGCGGCGCCCUCACUCUACACUGGACAAGUGGGGAUCAUGGCCGUGCCCCCAUUACAAGAUACGUGAUUGAGGCCAGACCUUCUGAUGAAGGAUUAUGGGACAUUCUUGUUAAAGACAUUCCCAAAGAAGUGACGUCCUACACGCUUAAUCUGGACAUGCUACGAGAAGGGGUCACGUAUGACUUUCGAGUGAUUGCUGUCAACGAUUAUGGCUAUGGGUCCCCCAGUGCCCCGUCUCCCUCCAUAUCAGCUCAGAAAAUGUCUCCUUUUUAUGAGGAGUGGUGGUUCUUGGUUGUCAUUGCUUUGGUUGGCCUCAUCUUCAUCCUCCUGCUGAUUUUUAUCCUCAUCAUUCGAGGCCAGAGUAAAAAAUACACCAAAAAAGCCGACUCAGACAUGUUGUCGUUCUCCUGCCCAGGAAACCACUCCAACUGCACCGCUCUUCCACUGACCCAUGGAGAAAUGGUCCGGCUGGAUGAGGGACGUUUCCCAGCCCUUGAGCUUAACAACCGGCGCCUGUCUGGGAAGAAUUCCUUCUGUCGUAAAAAUGGCAUCUACACUCGGUCUCCUCCUAGACCGAGCCCUGGAAGUCUGCACUACUCAGAUGAGGAUGUCAGUACUAAGUAUAAUGACCUGAUUCCAGCAGAGAGCAGCAGCCUGACUGAAAAACCCUCUGAGAUAUCAGACUCUCAGGGCAGCGACAGCGAAUACGAAGUGGAUCAGAGCCGGCAGAAGACCCACUCCUUUGUCAACCACUACAUCAGUGACCCCACCUACUACAACUCGUGGCGGCGGCAGCAGAAAGGCGUCUCUCGUCCACCUGCGUAUGGCUUCUCGCAGCCCGAGCCCUUGGUGGAGCAGGAGUCCCGGCAGCACCCGCCACCCGUUCCACCUCUUCCCCCACUCCUCCCCCAAAGUUCGCCGUCCCCACAGCCCCAGGCCCAGGGCACUUUGUUCAGGCCAAAGGGUAGCCGGACUCCUACUCCCUCCCUGCUGUCCUCUGAACCUCCCAGCCAGCACAGCACUCUGUACCGGCCCCCCAGCAGCCUGGGCUGUGCCGCUCAGGCACCUACCGCAGGCUUCUCCUCCUUUGUUUGACACACAGCUCUCCUUCCACCAGCAGGACCAUGAAGAGGAGUCUUGAUUUUGGUUUUUCUUGGAUUCUCGACAUAUUUUGCUCUCCUUUUUUCUCGACAGUUGUUCCUUCACAACAAAUGAGAUGUUGCUCAGUCUGUAAGCAUCUCAGAGAUCUUAAACAGUGUUUUUUCCUCUGUGAAGAGAGUGUGUGUGUGUGUGUGCGUGUGCGUGUGUGUGUGUGUGUGUGUGUGUGUGUGUGUGUGUGUGUGUGUGUGCUAGUCUAUACAUCAAAGUGAGGACCAAAACAAGUUUUUUACCUGCAAACUGAGGACAUUAGUAGCAAAGUGAGGACAUUUGAUCCUCACUUUGGGACAAAGUGGUUAGCUUUAGAGGUAUGGUGUGAAUUAAGUUUUAGUUAAGGCUAGGGUCAGGAGUAAACUGGUUAUGGUUAGAGUUAGUUACGUUUAGGCACAAUCCAUUCACUAAAAUGAAUGGAAGUCAAUGACGGUCCUCACAACGAAUGCUACACUAGAGUGUGUGUGUGUGUGUGUGUGUUUGGUUGUUUAAUCGCUGUAAUCUAUAUUCCAUGAAAAGACAAUCAUCUGAAGAGUUUUAUGCUUAGGUGAAUUAAUUUGAUGGAUGUAAACAAGGAAGAUCAGAACUGAAAGUCCAGAAAAAAGAAGUCCUUGUUAUAGAAAUGUGUGUAUUAUUGUUCAUGAUGAGAGCUUUAUGAAAAACAACCACCUUAGAUCCACAGCGAGUACGGACCAUUUGGCUUGCAGAGACUGGACUGGAAAAACCAAACAAAAGAAAAACCAGACUUGAAGGACAGUUUGAAACGGAGGAAUGGACUCUGCCUUCGAGUCCUCCACUGGAGCUGCAGUACGUGUUUACUAUAUGUACUUGUCUCAUAUUGUUUACCAGAUAUUUAUACCAAUCAGCUUCAAGCUCAGAAUUUCCCGAACAUCACUAGUGACAUUGUUAUGAAUCACAUUAAAGCAUUGUGGCACCUUUACAGUAGACUGAGGAUGUUGAUUGUGAGCCGACAAACCAGCUUUCAUGAUGUGUGAUGUUCUGUAAUCUCUUUUGGGCGAAACGAGGACCAAAUGCACAAAUCGUCUAGGUUCAAAUCAUAGCAUCACAUCACAGCUACACUUUAUGUGUCAUAUGAAACAGUCAAAACAGUACAAAAAUCAUUAUUUUAGAGACGUGCAAAUGUCUACCCAAAGUUUCACAUCAAUAGCUUAGCUUAAAGCUCUAUUUUUUCCCUCAUAUCUACUUUUUUAUGCAAUUUUUUUAGUAGAAAAUUGUCCUGGAAAGACAACCUUAAGCUUUUGUCUCUUGUAAACACAAAGACACUAAAACCACAACAGCUUGUACAGUUACAGCCACGGCUUGAUCCAGUAUAAUGUUGCUUAAAAUAUUUUUAUGGGGAAAAAAACAACUGAUCACAAGUUUUUUUGUCAAAUGCGUAAAUGCAGACUGUCAUGAUAUAUAUGUAUGUGUGUGCGUGCAUGUGUGUGUUUAAAAUGUGUAUCAAGGCGGUAAUCUGAUUUCUAGAAAUGUGUUUUCUUUUGCUCUGAGGAAAAAUAUUCAUGCAGUUUUGUUUUUUUGCAACACUUUUGCACAUGCUGGUUCAUCACUAACGUUCCAUGGGACAUUGCUGUGCUGGAAUUGAACCCAAAGUGAAUAAAACAGUCUUGAAAUUUA